AUGGGAAAGAGGUCCGGUCUGAACCUUCUCAAUAAGAGGAUCGAACAAUCGCAAGACACUAUGCAAGACCUACGAGACAAAGAUUAUUUCCAGCAACGUGCAUCCGACGAUAUGGCACGGCAUCUCCACACCAAGCAGCGAAGUUUGAAGGAAACGCUAGCCCAGGCCUGUCGAAUUAUCUAUCUACACGAAGGCGAGUCAGGCCUUGCUGGACAGAUCUCAGCUCGCUCAGAUCGUGGGAAAGGAUAUUAUUGGACACUCCGUUUCGGCUUAGGGUUCGAUGAAGCAACACCGGAUGACUUUAUCGAGGUCGACCAAGACCUACACACCGUGUCCGGGACUGGAAUGGCGAACCCUGCAACUAGAUUUCACCUCUGGGUCUAUGCCAGUCGCCCGGACAUCAACAGUAUCGUCCAUACCCAUUCUCCAUCUGUUGCUUCUCUCGCGGCUGCCAAACAGCCGCUUGUGGUGUGCCAAAUGGAUAUGACGCCUUUUUACGACAACUGCGCCUUUUUACCGGAGUGGCCUGGGCUUCCCAUAGCGGAUCAUGAGGGCGUCAUCAUUAGCGAAGCCCUAGGAUCUAAGAGUUCCAUCAUUCUAGUUAAUCAUGGCCAACUCACGGCGGGUGUGACUGUGGAGGAGGCGACUUACCUGUCAGUCUACCUCGAACGCGCUGCCGGCUUACAGCUACGAGCAUCAACAUUGGGGCCCCUAGCGCCCGUUCCAGGAGACCUGGCAAAGGAUGCCAGAAAUUAUCUGCUCAAAGCCCGUGUUGUCAGUGCAACCUUUGAUUACUGGGGUCGCCUAUGCGACAGGGUCAAUGAGAGAUCGAAAUCAUCUAAUAGGAGUCCUCAACUUCUCGCCGAAGAACCUGAGCAGGAAACACCACCUAGAGGAGAGACGGCCUGCGUAUAUGAGCGGAACUUUACCGGAGAUCAGAGAAGAUCAUCCAAAAUCCAGAGUCGUCUAAGCUCAGGGCGAGCGGCUGAAAUCUUGCCGACGCAUGGAGACCCGUCUACUUUCGCAGAUCCUUCAGCAAUGUCGGGUCAGUCCGAACACUUGCCAACAACUCCUGCCUCUUUGCAAACGCACCGUGGCUUUGGAGCUACGGAUCUAGCGGACCCAUCAAGUCUGCCACCAUACUAUGUCGAUGCUGUCGUGGGGCCGAGAUCUGCUUCACAAGCUGAUGCUAUGACUGGCUCGGCGGAGCAUCCAUCCGCGAGCAAAGAAUUCUUCGGCCAAAGCAGCGCCGGCUCCUUUGUUAGACAAGUACAUUCGGUCAUCGACAAGCGAGCAGUCGAUUUUAGGGAUGGUAUACAGCCAAACCACCUCAACACAAAAGAUAGAAUGCAGGACACCCAGCCGACAGAUCAUCGUGAUUACAUCCUGCCAUCUCGAAGAUUCGCCGACAGUUUACUGACUGCUUAUUACGAUCUCGUUUGGGCCGUGUUGCCUGUUCUCGACAGGACAUUUCUUCAAAAGGCUUACGAGGGCUGCUGGCUGGGGUCUCAUUGUGCCAUUCCGGAGCAUAUUCUUUAUUGUAUUCUCAAUCUCAUUUUCGCUCUUGGGAGCCAAUUUUCCGAAGUCGUGGAACCAUGUCGGCGAAAGGAGACAGGCCUCUCAUUCUGGAACAGAGCCCGUCAACUCUACUGUCAUGAUGCGCAUGACGCGUCACUUGAGCGAGUUCAAUGCCUUCUUUUGAUGGGACUGUAUCUCCAGAGCACCUCCGAUACCUACGAGUGUUGGAUGACGAUCGGAUCAGCAAUUCGAAUGGCCCAAAGCUUAGGCCUACAUUCAGGCGCAUCAUCUACUGGGCUUCUGGGACCUCGACAAUAUCAGAUUGUAUGCAGAGUCUGGCAUGGAUGCGUUUAUCAGGAUCGCGUCUUGUCCGUGACGUAUGGACGUCCAAGCAUGAUUGCUAAAUGGCUGCAGACACCCGAUGGGCUACCCUCUAUGAUCGACGAUGAAUUCCUUGAUACACAGACGGAGCCCUCCGCUAUUCGUCCUGAUGGCAGCCCGUCCGUCAUGGCCUUUUUUCGGAAGACCCUAGAACUAUUCGACAUCAUCAACGAUAUUUUGAUCCAACUCUAUUUAAACCCAAAGGAAGCGAGAGUUAAAAACACCCAUCAUCUCAGACUAGUUCUUGACCUUGACGAACGUCUAGUCGCCUGGAUCCAUUCCUUACCGGAACACCUGACGUACUCUUAUAACAGUUCAGAUGAAGCCUUCGCUUUCCGGAGGCAGCGUGUUGUACUUCGUGCACGGUACCUUCAAGCUCGGAUGAUUCUUUUCCGUCCAAUUCUUGCGGAUCUAUACUUGAGGCCUCAAUACUCUCCUGAUGAUGUAGUCAGCAAAGAGUCUAGCUUAUCCCAUCACGGUGCUAUAGCUCCUUACCCCUUUUCUCGGCGCCGAAGUACUGAUCAGAGAGCAAUAGACAUAUACACAGCCGCUACCGUUUUGCUUUCAGAGCGUUUGAGGUCAAUUCGUGGACUACCGCAAAUUACAAAGUCGUGGACUCAGCAUUGGAACUCUGCUAUCAAAUUACUUGGAGCAUACGCGCAGGUCGGUGACUCAGCUAAGCGUUGUAUGGCUGCGCUUGGUCUCCUGUCGGCCAAGAUCCAAGACGUAGUAGACCACACCCAAGGCGAGAGGAAUAACACAGAACAGCAGGAUGAGGACCGAGAGAUUCACUCAGCGGCAACGUUGAGCGAAGCGUCUGGUUGGAUGAAUUCUAUUGAAGACACCAUAGUCCUACCCAAUCUUGAGGACAUGGACUUUAACAUAGAUGACUCGUCGUGGCUCAUCGACGCGCCUAUUGAUAGAUUCUUCUGA